AUGACAGAGAUGAUAGAUUUUUCCCAAACACCCGAUCAUGUCAAAAAUUAUAUAUCAAAAUUGCAAGAUGAAAAUAGUCGAUACAUUCAAGAAUUGCAAUCAUUACAAACACAGUUUAGCAAUCUCACAGCUGUUGUGGAUUUUGCUGAUUCAACUAAAAUAGCAGAAAUAGCUGAUCUAAAACAACGGCAUCAACAAGAACUUGCAACAUUAAAUAUAUUGAUGGAAGAAACGAUUCGUGUUCGUGUUGAUGAUAUGAGAGGAAAAUAUGAAAAUGAAUUGAAUAUAAUCAGACGUAAAUUUGAAUUAUUACAACAAGAAAAUCAUGAAUUAAGAUCGAAAGUAGCCGAUGAAAAAGAUAGUGUAAUAGCUACAAUAUCACGAUCAUUACGUGAUAAAUUAACAUCAAGUCAAUCUACAUUAGCACAAGAAAAUGAAAAUCUCGAAGAAGACAUGAGAAAAGCACAAGAAAGUACAUUAAUGCUUAAGUCGGUUAUAGUUCCGCUUGAAGCAGAAAUCAAUCAACUUAAAGUUCAAUUGAAACAAGCAAAAGAUAAAAUUAUUGAACUUGAAGAAUUACCACGAGAAGUGAAAAUCUCAUUGCCAGCAGAUGAACAAGACAAUCAUGAACUUUCAGUAAGUACUUUAGUUUCUAUUGUUUAUUUAUUCUAUGAUUUCAAACCCGAAUGA